AUGUUUUGUGCCAUAAGCGGUCGACCUUUGAAAGCCGCCGUUUUCUCACCAAAUUCGAAGUGUGUCUUUGAAAAGUCUCUGAUAGAAAGUUACAUCCAGCAACAUGGUGUAGACCCAAUCACAAAAGAUCCUUUAGAGAUUGGGCAACUUGUCGAAAUAGGACAUACUCCCGAACAGUAUGCAAUGUCAAAUGCUGUUAACUCCUCCACCCUAAAGUCGAACUACAGCAUUCCAAAUCUAUUAUCAUCUCUGCAAGAUGAGUGGGAUGCAGUUAUGCUCGAAAAUUUUCAGCUGAGGCAGCAGCUAGAAGCCCUCAAAGUAGAGCUCUCGACCUCUAUGUAUCAACGCGAAGCUGCAAUGAAUGUUGCCACAAGGGCUACGUUAGAGUGUGAAAGUUUAAAGAAAGAAUUGAGUGUCUUGACCCAAAACUUGGCGCCGGCUCAGCCUGAAAAGCUUGAUAUUAGUGAUGGGGAAUUAUCGGAUGAGCGUAUCUCAGAAAUUCUGCGAAACCGUAUUAAUAAUUCAGGAGAGUUUGCGAAAGAAAGUCGCAAAAAUAAAUUUAGGCCAUUGCCGUGUUCUAGAGUAGAAGGAAACGUUGAGUUAAUUACCGAAGCUACCUAUAAUGGCUCUUUGGACUCUGCCUUUAUCAACGGCAAUAUUGCCAAUGGAAAAUUGGUGGUCUAUCACGACCCAACAGGUGCAUGCAAUAUACUGUCAGUUAAAAACUGUGAUGUGGGUGAUUUAAAACCUGUUUUGAGGGCCGGUGACUCUCUCAAUUUUGCUGCACCGCUGGAUACAAAUCGAGUAGCUUUCGGGACACAACUAGGUGCCCACGGCAUUUUCAGUCUGACCGAUCAACAAGAACCCUUCCCCUCCAUGAAGGGUAGUGAUCAGGAUGCAAUUGUAUUAGUAUCAUACAAUGAAGUGCUGAACGCGGAUGCUUAUGUUGUUGUAAGUUCCAGUGGUGUCGUCUCAUUAGCCGAUGUUGUACAAAACCGUGUCUUAGAUUUAAAGCUAGAAAUGUUUCCCACUGAUUUUGCACACAUGCAUAAGGAUGGCCUCCUACUGCUGAAAGGAAAUACUUCCAGGUUAAUUGUGCACGAUUUUACGGAUCUGAAAAGAACAGCCAUAGAAUUUGAACAUGAUAUAAACAAUGAGGGGCCCAUAAAAUCCGCAGAAUUCGCAUCUAAUGGCUACUGGCUGGUGGUUCAAACUUCUAAGAAGCUCAAAAUUUUUGAUUUGAGAAAAAGUACAAACACUCUCGCCAUGGAGCCAGUUACAUUUAAUGACCAGAGAUUAGUUGCUUGGGAGUUGGAUCCAAGCAUGAAGGAAUUGUUUUUAGUUGUUGAAGAUGAAAUGCAGAGUGAGUCAUGCUCGAUAUUAUUCUACGAGCUCAAUAAACCGGCUAAGAAGUGGGAUCAAAAAUGUGUCCUAGUUGAUUCAUUGGAAGGCGUACGGGACCUAUCUUACUUAUGGGAUGCCAAUUCGGCAAUCAUAAAAGUGUUGACAAACACUCAAGUAUUUGAUUUAAAAAUUACGUAG